CAGAGAGAGCGCUAUAUCCAUUCAGACGGUCCUGACAUUAGUGCGUCCUCCUCAGCAGCAGGUUAGUUCUUUCGCUCCUGUCAGGUUCUCAUCUAACCUUUUUGAAGUCCGCGUUUCAAAGGCAGCGUUGUCUUUGGAAGCAACUUGGUUUUGGAGACCUACGCGUUUGUUACUUGUGAAGAGUCCUCUCUGUAGUGAAGAUGAGCCGCUUGUGCAGUGUUCCUCUGCUGCUGUUAGUGCUGUGCGGAGCCGCAGAGUUUGCCGAAGCCUGCAGCUGCUCUCCUGAACAUCCUCAGCAGGCGUAUUGCAAUGCGGAUGUCGUCAUCAGAGCCAAAGUAGUUGGACAGAAGGAGGUGGUUACCGGCAAUGAUGCCUAUGGCUAUCCAGUCAAAAUGAUCCGAUACGACGUCAAACAGAUGAAGAUGUUCAAGGGCCCUGAACGCGAGAUUGAUACCGUCUUCACGGGCCCCUCCUCAGCUUUGUGCGGGGUCAAAUUUGAGAGUGAUGGCAAAAAGGAGUACCUGAUUACAGGUAAUUUGGAUUCAAAUGACACAUUGCGUGUAAGUCUUUGUGACUACAUUGAAUCUUGGGAGUCUCUGAGUGUGACACAGAAAAAGUGCUUGGGUCAACGCUAUCAGAUGGGCUGUGAUUGCAAGGUGGUCCGUUGUUCCGCCAUUCCCUGUUCCAUUAGCGACCCUAAAGAAUGUCUUUGGACUGACUGGGUGCUGGAGGGAACUGUUCAGGGCACUCAGGCUCAGCACUUCACCUGCGUUAAGAGGAACGACAGCAGCUGUGCCUGGUACCGUGGAUCCACCCCACCUAAAAGAGAGUUCUUGGACAUUGAGGACCCAUAAACCAGUCCACCGUUUCAUUACUCAUUCAGAAAACACCCAAAAACACAGCUACCAACUCACACCUUAAUUCUGCAAAUGCAUUCUAGAUCUCAUAAAACCUGUCAAGAACAUGUCUGGGCCAUGAAGGGCUCACCCCAAAUUCAAAAGAAAAAAAGAUGUAGAUGCUAAUAUUUUUUGUAAUAAUAAUAAUAUGAAUCAUAUUUUGUGUAAGAAAAACAAUAAACGUUAAAGAUCAUAAAGAUGCCCUCCCUCCAGUUUUUGUUAUGGUAAUAGAAAUUACAAAUACAUAAAUAUUUGAACAUCAUACAUUUAAUUUAUUUUGUUUUUUAUUUUUAUUUUUUAAAAAGUGUCUCCAUACAGUGUGAUUCACAUUAUUACAGUAAUACAAGUACAAGUAAUUAAAAUCAGCAUUAACUAAUAUGGACAUGCUACUAUGUUCUGUAUUGUUCUUUUGAUUUUAGGAUGAAUUGUGAUGCAAGCAUUUCUGUGUAAUAUUAACCCAGACAGGACAUACAGUACAUUUGGCUGCAUGUUAAUAUAUCAAGUGAAUCUUACCUCUAGUGUUAAAAUAUUGUGUCAGGCAGAAACGUUUCUCAUAAGCACUGUGAGAAAACAAGUGUUGUUUUGUUAUAUUGUUGCUCUCCAAUAAAGAGGAAAUUGAUUACAACAUUGCUUUUUAGUUCCUCAAGCACAGGCACUGUAAUUUUGAAAUCCUGAAAGCUAAUUUCAAGCAUUUAGGCAGAAGGAUUUUAAUAUCAUAUGAAUUGUAAAAGAGCAUUUUUAUUUCUUUAUGAUGGCAUUUUCUCCAGAAUUUUGACUUUCUUUAAAAAAACGAAUGAAUAGUUUUGUAAAGCAGAUAAUGAAGGAAAAGCAUCCAGCAGGAAUCCAGCAUAUGAACUUGUGAAGGUAUUGAGAGCUAGGUUUUGAUUUUGUUUAACAUUUUUUUUACUGCAUAAAUUCCAUAUUUCAUAGUUUUGACUUGUCUAUUAUUCUAAAAUGGAGAAAAUGGUAAUAAUACAGAACAGGUAUAAUAGAAUAAUUGUGUCCAGACCUUCAUGUGUCCAGAGUUCAUGUGUAAGAAAUGUAUAUUGUCAUGAAAAUUGUGCAUAUAGCAACAUACAUAGAUUUAGCAAAAAUGUAUGUAAUAUAUACAAAAUUUUCUAAUUUAUAUGAAAAUCAUUCUGCUCUGAAUGUGUCCAAAACAUAUAUAAUGUUCUUUCUUUCUUUCUUUCUUUCUUUCUUGAUCUUGGUAAUAAAGUGUUGGUUAAAUUAGUGAACGCUUUAAUUUUAUGACUCUGCAUUCUUCACUGAAACUGCAUAUAUUAAGGGAUUAUGUCUGGUCAUGUCUUAGAAAUAUUUUCCCCAUGAUAUUUUUGUACAUUUGUGAUAUUUUUCCUUGUGCAGUUAUAUCACAACUUUUUUUGAAGAAGUGUGAGAUUUCCAGUGCUGGAGCCACUUGGAAAGACAGACUUGUUGAGAGCUAGCUUUUGCAUGCCUUUUAAAGUUUAUUACUCAUUGUUAAACUUGUUAUGGUAUUCUUGAAUAAAGGAGCAGAAAUGUC